UACCCCUGGUGCAGCACCAUAGAAAGGCAGGAAGGAAGGCAGGCCAGGUACAGUAGGACACCAGUACCCCUCCUGAGCGUUUCUGGAACAGAAUCUCUUCUCACCUAGGGAGGGACAGAGCUGGCAGCAGGCACCAUGGAGCCCCCUUCAGGCCCUCCACGAGGAGGACGUAUUCCCUGGAAGGACCUCCUGCUGGCAGUCUCGCUCUUAACCCUCUGGAACCCGCCCACCACUGCCCAAGUCACUGUGGAGUCUGUGCCGCCCAGUGCUACCGAAGGGAAGGACGUCCUUCUGCAAAUCCACAAUCUGCCUGGGUAUACUGGACGCUUCAACUGGUUCAAAGGGGCCACAACAGAGGAGAACCAUCGUAUCGUAUCAUAUAUACUAGAUACAAAAAAAACUAUCUCAGGACCUGCACAAAGCGGCAGAGAGACAGUGUACCCCAACGGAUCCCUGCUGUUCCGGAACAUCACCCUGAAGGACACAGGAUACUACACCCUACAAUUCAUAAAUAGAAAUUUUGAAGUGGUACAAGAAACUGGACAGGUCCGCAUAUUCAAUGGAAGAAGCUCCACCGGCCUCCCUGUGGGGUCCACCAUUGGCAUUGCAAUCGGGGUCCUGGUCGGACUGGCACUAUAGUUCCCUCCUGGAGUGUCUCCUGCUCCACACAGUUUUCUCAGAGUUCCACAGAAUUUUCAAGACUGAUCAUCUCAAAACCAUACAAAUUCAUACAUAGAAUAGAGAAGGAAUAUUGCUCCAACUCAUUCUGAGGUUAGUAAAACCUUUAAAUUGAAAUAGGAACAACAAAAGUACAAAAAGAUGAAAAUAUCAUACUCAUGAACAGAGAAGCAAAAAUACUAAACAAGCUAUUCUCAAACGAAAUCCAACAGUGUAUAGAAUAAGACAGUACACCGCAACUAAGUUCCAAUUGUACCAGCAAAGCAAUGGUGAUUCAACAUUAGAAAUUUAUAAAUGGGGGGCACCUGGGGUGACUCAGUGAGUUAGGCAGCUGGCCUUUGAUUGUGGCUCAGGUCAUGAUCUCAGGGUCCUGGGACUGAUCCCCAUGUCGGCCCUGUGCUCAGCAGGGAGUCUGCUUGAGGAUUUCUCUCCCUCUCCCACUGCCCCUCGCCUUUCUCAAAUAAAUAAAUAAAUAAAUAAAUAAAUAAAUAAAUCUUUAACAUAAGACAUUUAUAAGUGGAAGAGAGUAACAACUUCUAGGGUGCCAGCAAUGUUCUAUUUCCUGACCUAGCUGCUAGAUACAUGGGUUUGUUUGAUUUUUGAAGAUUCAGUAAGCAACACUGUUCAUACUGAACAGUCCUCUUACCCCCUCAGUUUUUUCCAUGAUACAGACUCUGCAAAAAGAGCAGAGCAGACCUGUUUUCUUGUAAAUCGCCCACAUUCUGACUGUUUCCUUAUGGUGUCAUUUCAGUUACUUCUCCAAACCCCGUAUUUCCUACAAAUUGGAAAAUGAAUCUCAAAGCUUAAAUAGAUUUCAGGUUAUAUUUCUUGAGGGAAGAAUCCUUGUUGCAUUUUAUAUACAUCAUAUCAAGAGGAACAUCCUAGUUAGUUGUCUAGAUCUUAUGCCAGUGUAACUAUUUUAGCGACAUAAAAGUAAAUCAGUGGGCAAGUUUUUUAGGUUUUUAUUUAAAUUCCAGUUAGCUGGUACACCUAGGUGGCUCAGUUGGUUGCCAGUCUCCUUACUGGUCCGUUGGGUCGGGAUAUCAGGGACAUGGGAUUGAGCCCCUCGAGGGGCUCUGUGCUUAAAGGGGAAUCUGCUGGAGAUCCUCUCCCUCUGGCCCUCCCCUCUUCCCUUGCUCUCAAAAACAUAAAUCUUUAAAAUUUUAAAAAUGAAACAGGGGUGCCUGAGUGGCUCAUUCAGUUAAGCGUCUACUUUGGUUCAGGUCAUGAUCCCAGGGUCCUGGGAUCCAGCCUCCUGUGGAGCUCCGCAGGGAGUCUACUUCUCCCUCUGCCUCUCUCUCCCCCUGCUUGUCCUUCCUCCCUCUCCCUUUCUCUCUCAAAUCAACAAUAAAAUCCUUAAAAAUAAAAUAAAAUAAAUUCCAGUUAGUUGACAUACAGUCUACUGUUAGUUUUAGGUGUGUUGGGUCCCCCCAAAAAUGGGUACCCCAAUAAUGGGUCCAGGAUUAAAGGAGUGAGACUGAUACAAAGCUUAAGUCAAGCAAAGCUUUAUUUCGUGCCAAGCAUCAAGAAUCAAGCCAACCAUCAAUCAAUCAGUUGGGGCCACCCCUUAUAGAGAGGACGACGACUCCCUGCUUUCCAGACUAACCUUUAUAAAGCAAAGGCCAUGUGGUUGGGCCUGGCCACACACAGGUGGCCAAUGAGAUUAUAACACACAGAGAAAGCUGCACAGUCAUGCUAGGUGACCAACUGAAUUACAAUUUACCCUAGCAGACGUUUGAACCAGCCUAUCACACCUUGGUUAGAAUUCGUGUCAAAAGAUUCCUAAAGGGCGGGGCCCAUACUCCUUGGUAACUAGGAGACAGUGUGCGCCCCCACUGACUGAAUACCUCCAUGUGGCCUGACCCACCCUUGUACUUGGACUUUGUUACCUGAGACUGUUUUCUGGGACUUGCUUUUUAAUAAGUUCCCCCGGUGGGUGGUGGGGGGGGCAAAGUCAAAUUAAAUUUUACAACAAAAUGGCAGUUCAACCCGGGUGGGGCUGCUCUGGCUGAAUAGGCCCUUACAGUCCCCACUUUUCUUUGAAUAUUAGUCAAAUCUUUGACUUUUCAGCCAAUUCUAUGUCCCUUUUAAUGACUCCAGUGUGAUUUACCCAAAAACAGCAUUUCUCUCUUAGGGCUAUGCAGAGCCCCCUUUUUUUAGUAAUAGUAUGUCAAGCCCUAAUUGUCUAUAUUUCCCACCUAUAUUUUAACAAUAGGAGCAACAAUGAACUCAAUGAACUUAUUGUUUUUUGAGUCUUAGCUUUAGUCCAUGAUCGGCGGGGUCCACUGGCAGUGGCAUCCACUUCUGGGGGCGACCUCGUCCUUGGCUCAUUUGACAUGACCCACCUGAAUCCAGGCCCUGAGUGAGGCCUUCGACUUUCACCACCAUGGGGGUGGUCGGGAUGACAGUAAAUGGUCCCUUCCAGCGAGGCUCCAAGCCUCCCGCUUGGCGGCAGCGCAUCCAAACCAAAUGCCUGGGUUGGCGAGACCUUCCAAGACAGACUGCAAUGCCUGCAGUGACUGGAGUACAGACUGAUCAGUCAUUUCUGCUAGGACAACCUCUUGUAGCCGAGGGCAGAGCAGGGGGGUGUCUCUUGAACAUUAUUUCAAAGGGGUCACCUUGUUUAAGCAGGGAGUACAUCGCGCCUUGAGGAGGGAGAAAGGAAGGAGAUCCACCCAUCCAUUGCCAACCUCCAGAAUUAGCUCUGCCAAGGUCUGUUUGAGAGUAUGCUUCAUUCUCUCUCCUUGCCCAGAGCUCUGGGGCCGGUAGGCACAAUGUAGUUUCCAAUUAGUGCCCGCAGCCUUGGCCAAAGCCUGUGAGACUGAACUCACAAAUGCAGGGCCGUUUUCUGACCCAAAUUGAGAGAUAACCCAAACCUCUACUAGCUUUUUAGCUACCACUCCUACCACCUCAUGUUUGGCAGAAAAAAAGCCUUUACCCAGCCUACCAUCCGUAUAGAUGUUGGCGGUCUUACCCUUGGCCAUCUGUAGUGCCUUGGUGAAUGCGACAAGCUCCACUUUUUGCACCGAGGUUCUGUGUGGCAGGGCUUUCAUCCAGAGUUCCUGCUCAGGAGAACCACUGCAGCCCCCGCAUACCUCUUUCCAUGGACCACGUAGCUACUCCCAUCUGUGAACAGAGUCUUAUCUCUGCAUCCAGGAGGGGAGUGUCUCUGAGAUCCGGCCUUAUUCCUGUGACCUGGGUUAGGACCUCCCCACAGUCAUGUGGUCAGUCAGUUCCUCUGGCAGCAACAUGGCUGGACUUAGCACCACCGGGGCCAGAAAGUCACUUUUGGUUCGUUGAAGAGGAGGGCCUGAUACCCCGUCACUUGGGCAUUUGUCAUCCACCAGUCUGGUGGAGUCCGGAGAAGGCCCUUGAUAGCGUGGGUGGUGGCCAAGAUGAGAUUUUGACCCAAAGUCAAUUUGCUUGCAUCCUUGACCAGGAGGGCCGUGUCAGCAAUUAUGCAGAGGCAAGAGGUGACCCCAGCCACUACUGGAUCGAGUUUCUUGCUAAGAUAGGCUACUGGCCUUUGCCAAGGCCCCAGAGUCUGAGUCAAACCUCCCUUAGUCAGUUCGUAGAGAGGUCGCACCAUCUCCGCGAACCGCGGUAUCCACAGCCUGCAGUAGUCCUGAAAGACCCUUCCCCCCAGUUGUUAACUAAUUAACUGCUCUUUUGCCUUUCAGUAACCGCUUGGCUUUUAGGGUGUGACACUUGUCUCCUGUUUGAACAAGAUACCUUCUGCUAAUAGCCCAGGCAUUGUCACGUAGGCAGGAUGCUUCUCUGCUGAGUAAUAAGGUCAAACUUCCCCCCUUUGUUUCCCCUUCCCGCCUUUCUCUUCGCGCGAGGGGGUCUUCCAAAGCCAAUCCGCUAACACCAAGUAUGCCUUUUUUCAAAUGUUCAAAUUGUCAGCCAAUCGGCCCGGUCCCAUCCGGGACUUGUAUGUACCUGUCUAUAAAAAUCCUGCACCACCCCAGCCAGGUGUGCUCAGCUAGCAGGAGCUGCUGACCACCCACAGGCGCGCGCUGACCACCCGCAGGCGCCUGCGUAACAAUAAAGAACCUCUUGCUGUUUGCA